CGAGAACCAGUCAAGCUGUUCACUGGCUCUCUUGUUUUACACGUUGACGAUCACCACGAAUAGACGGCCGACGCUCGCGCAAUUGCUGCCGAUCCAGCACUCAGUCCAAGCUCACGCUCAACUGUAAAUCGCCGCAAACUCCGGUCCACGAGCCCACGAUACGAGACGAGCCGCAAGCUCGCGCAUGACGGAGGACCACAACAUUUGAGGCACGGCUGUGGAAGCCCAACAUGGCGGUCAACAGAUUACGAAAUGCCUUGGGCACGGCGAGAAAAGGCGAGACGUUUGAAUUGCGAUCUGGAUUGGUCUCACAAUAUGCUUGGGAACGAAAGGAGUCGAUUCAAAAGACCAUCAUGUCCAUGACUUUGGGCAAAGAUGUGUCAGCACUAUUCCCAGACGUGCUGAAGAACAUUGCAACUCCAGACUUGGACCAGAAAAAGCUUGUAUAUCUCUACCUCAUGAACUACGCCAAAUCACAUCCGGACUUGUGUAUCCUGGCGGUGAACACCUUUGUCCAGGACUCGGAGGACCCGAAUCCGCUGGUUCGAGCUCUUGCGAUCCGAACGAUGGGAUGUAUCCGGGUAGAUAAGAUGGUGGACUACAUGGAAGAGCCGCUGAGGAAGACGUUGAAGGACGAGUCACCGUAUGUGCGUAAGACGGCAGCAUUGUGUGUCGCAAAAUUGUUCGAUCUGAACCCGACGUUGUGCAUUGAGAAUGGAUUCCUGGAGACGCUUCAAGAGAUGGUGGGAGACAGUAACCCGAUGGUGGUAGCAAACUCGGUGACAGCACUGGCCGAGAUCAGCGAUACCUCCCCCGAAACAAAAGCGCUUGUCGUGACUGGACCGAUGUUGAAGAAGCUGCUAUUGGCGUUGAAUGAAUGCACGGAGUGGGGUCGCAUCACACUUCUCACCACACUGGCCGAUUACAAGACCACAGAUGUCAAAGAGUCGGAACACAUUUGCGAACGCGUCAGUCCACAAUUCCAGCAUGUCAACCCCUCGGUCGUCCUCGCAGCUGUCAAGGCUGUUUUCCUACAUAUGCAAAACAUCAACAAUCCCACACUACACGCCACCUACCUGAAGAAGAUGUCCCCGCCGUUGGUGACCUUGGUCUCAAGUCAGCCCGAAGUACAAUAUGUCGCCCUACGAAACAUUGAUUUGCUAUUGCAGAAGCAGCCUGGAAUCCUCGACAAGGAGAUGCGUGUGUUCUUCUGCAAGUACAACGACCCGCCAUACCUCAAAUUACAAAAGUUGGAAAUCAUGGUUCGCAUCGCCAACUCAUCGAACGUUGAUCAACUGUUGGCCGAACUCAAGGAAUACGCGAUGGAAGUGGAUAUGGACUUUGUGCGCAAGGCUGUUCGUGCUAUCGGACAGGUCGCGAUCAAGAUUGAAGAAUGCGCCGAGAAAGCAGUCAAUGUUUUGCUUGAGUUGAUUAAUUCCAAGGUCGGAUAUGUGGUACAGGAGGUCAUUGUGGUGAUCAAGGACAUCUUCCGACGGUAUCCCGGAUACGAGGGCAUUAUCCCGACGCUAUGCCAGUGUAUUGAUGACCUUGACGAGCCCAAUGCGCGUGGCAGUUUGAUCUGGAUCGUGGGAGAAUAUGCCGAGAAGAUUUCCAACGCGGAAGAGAUUCUCACUGGCUUCGUUGAUGGAUUCAACGAAGAAUUCACCCAGACCCAGCUCCAGAUCCUCACGGCCGUCAUCAAACUCUACCUCAAAAACCCCGCAACCUCGCAAUCCCUGAUCCAAAAAAUCCUCCAAUCCGCCACCGCCGAAUCCGACAACCCGGACAUCCGGGACCGCGCCUACGUCUACUGGCGCCUCCUCUCCUCCGACCCCGCCACCGCGCGGGCAAUCGUCCUCUCCCAGCGUCCGCAAAUCACCAGCACCAUCCCCGUCCUGCCCCGUCCCCUCCUGGACUCGCUAAUCCCGAACCUCUCGACCCUCUCCUCCGUCUACCACAAACCGCCGCAAGCCUUCCUCGGCCAAGGCCGCAGCUCCGCCCUGCAAGCCGCCGCCAUCGAGGAAGCCAAGCAGAACGCCCGCGAGAACCCCAUCGCGGCCGACGCCGUGUCCGCCGCCGUCGCGGGCGGAACCCCCGUGGCGCCGCAGAGCAACAUGGAGAACCUCCUCGACAUCGACUUCGACGGCGCGGCGCCGGCGUCGGCGGCGACGGCCACGCCGCAGCGGGUCGCCAGUCCUGCGUUCGCGAACGGUGCGGCUCCCUCUUCUUCGGCGGCGGGCGGAAUGGCGGAUCUGAUGGGCCUUGGAGGUGGUGCCGCUGAGGUCGGUGCCAGCGCUGGUGGUGCAGAUCUGAUGAAUGAUUUCGCGGGCAUGAGCAUGAACGAUCAACCCCCGCCUCCGCAGACGCAGUUAAACGGAAGCGGCGGAAGUGGAGGAGGGAAACAGCAGACGAACGAGGAUCUGCUGGGUUUGUUUUAGAAUUCCCCUGUUGUUUUCUCUCCAGGGCCAGGGAAAAAGGAAAAAAAAUAGACCUUCGCCAGUUUCGUUUUUUCUUCUCCCACUUGUUGUUGUCGUGACGAUCCCUCUCCCGUCGCCGCCGCCGCCGUCUUUGCUUAGAGUUUUCGCUCUUCCCUCCACGUUUUCUUGAUUGACGAGAAGCGGACUCAUCCCUCGCCUUCCCUUUCUCUCCCUCCUAUAUAUAUGUUACGUAGUCGGCCGCGUUGUGGGAAAUCCCGGCAUCUCAUCGCUCGGUAUAUUCACACCGCCCGCAUGGACUUAGCAUACAUACAUACUUGAUACCUGUUUAUGUG